UAAGGGCACUUCCGUUGGCUAAAAACAAAAUGGCUGCCUUCCGCUGCAGAGCAUAUUUUACCCGCUUCGUAGCAUUUUAAUUAAUAUGCUGUCGUGUGUUUACCCGAUAUAGCCUAAUUUGUUUCGGGAUAAGUAGCAAACAUGUUUAAAAAAGCAAAAAGAUCUAAUUUAAGACGGAGAAAUGAGUCGGACGAGGACGAGAAAGAAGAAAGUCAGCCGCCAUGCGGGCCUUUCGCCGAGGAUAUCCCGGUGCUCGAUGCCGCCAACGCAGACACCUUGUCCGGGGUUAACGUGGACCUGAACCACGGCAACGGGUUUCAGUCAAAGGCCGUAAAGAAGGAAAAGAAAACUCGGGAUGUAGGGGGACCCCCGAAAGCCAGUUUGCUGAGCUUUGACGACGACGAAGACGAGGCCGAGGUGUUCAGAGUAAAGAAAUCCAACCACAGCAAGAAGAUCGUGAAGCAACUGAAGAAAGAAUACAAGGAGGAUCUGGAGAAGGUGUGCUACGUUAAACAAGAGCCCAACACCGACGUGUGGCCCCAGCCCCUGGCCUCCAUUAAAGAGGAGCCUGCCAGCAGGGCAGGCAGUGAGCAAGGAGAGGAGGAGAUGGAAGUGGACAGUACUGAUGAACAGGAGCCUAAGACACAAAGCCAGAGCCUCGCCUCCAAGACUCCCACGACAACUGCAGCCGGAGCCUUCUCAAACACCAGCACCUUGUCCACGCUCAGCACCCUGCGUCCAGGUGAGAUCCCGGACGCUGCCUUCAUCCACGCGGCAAGGAAGCGGCGUCAGAUGGCGAGGGAGCUAGGCGGCGACGCCCCCCUGGUGGAGACGGACACGCCCAAGAAGCGUCUGGUCCGAGAGGAGGAAGAGGAGGGAGACGGGAGCGACGACGAAGACGAAGACGAGAAGAGGAUCAGCUUCAGUGGAGUCAAGAACAAGAGCCAGAGGACCAGAAUAGCAGAGGAGAUCGGUAUAGAGGGUAGUGAUGACGAGGCGUUGGAUACUGGAGGUCAGGAUGAAGAGGUGUCACGCUGGGAACAGGAGCAGAUACGCAAAGGGAUCAGCAUCCCCCAGGUCCAGUCCUGCCAGCCAGACGACAACGGUAGCGUGUACUACCACAGCAGCAGCUACGACCCCCAGCAGCCCUACAGCUCUACCUACAGCCUGCCCUACUCCUACAGCAGCAAGCCUGAGGGUUGCACACUGGUCUACAGUGCCCCUGGCGGUGACCUCUCACCUGUCACUACUGACCUGAUCAAGACACGCCUCAGAGACAGGCUGAGCCAGAUGCGUGUGGGGCAUGAUGCUAAUGCUAAGCGCUACGAUCAGAUCCAGGAAGAACUCGAGGCAGCUCAGAACACCAUUGGCCGGCUCGAGGGUUCAUCCAAUGACGACGCAGAACAGUAUAAAUUCUUGCAAGAAAUGCGAGGGUAUGUUCGAGACUUGCUUGAGUGUUUCGGCGAAAAGGUUCCCACCGUGGCGGAGCUGGAGGGCAACAUGCACCAGUUACUAAGGCAACGGGCCUGUCGGCUGGUCCAGCGACGCCAGGAUGAUAUUAAAGAUGAAUCGGCGGAGUUUGCAAGCCUUUCAAGUAAGGCUGUGAUGGCUCCUAACCUCAUGUCUGUUGACUCGUUUGGGAGAGACAGGACAGUCUAUCAGGAGCACGCCAGACAGAGAAGGAUCGCUGAACGGGAAGCCAGACGAACGCGGCGGCGGCAGGCGCGGGAGCAGAACGGGAAGAGGGCAGAGCAUCUAGAGGGGCUGUCCUCCGACGAUGAGGAGACAUCGACUGACCUCACAUCAUACUGUCUGGAGAGAGAUCGUAUAGUGCGUGAGAGUAAAAAGGUGUUUGAAGAUGUGCUGGAGGACUUCCAUUCUCUGGACAGUAUCAAGAGUCGUUUUGAGGUGUGGCGACAUCUCUACUUCACCUGCUACAGAGAUGCUUACAUAGGACUGUGUCUGCCCAAAUUAUUCAACCCCCUAGUACGACUACAGCUCAUCACAUGGAGCCCUCUACAGGAGAAGUGUGCUAACUUCGAGUACAUGUUGUGGUUUGAGUCGUUGUUGUUCUAUGGCUGUGAGGAGCAGAGUGGGAUGAAGAAAGGAGACGUGGACAUCAACCUACUGCCGGCUAUAGUGGAGAGGGUUAUACUGCCAAAACUAGCAGUGCUAGCUGAGCAGGUGUGGGAUCCUCUGUCCUGUAGUCAGACAACCAGACUGGUGAGCUUCGUGACCAGACUCCUUAGAGGAUACCCUACUGUUCUGAAUGGAGACAACAGGAACACACAGGAGUUUCUGAAGACCAUCGUAUUGAGGACCAGAAGGACUCUGGAUGAUGAUGUGUUCUUACCUCUUUACCCCAAGAACGUGUUGGAGAAUAAGAACAGUGGUCCCUACCUCUUCUUCCAGAGGCAGUUCUGGUCCUGUGUCAAGUUGCUAGGUAACAUCCUCCAGUGGAGUGGUGUAUUGUCUGGUUCCACGGUGAGGGAGUUGGCUCUGGACUCCACCCUGAACAGAUACAUCCUGUCGGCCCUACAGAACGCUGAGGCUGGGGAAGACAGCGUACUGAAGAGUCAGAGGGUGGUGGAGUGUUUCCCAGCCCAGUGGUUUGUAGGGUUGAAAGGUCAGCAGACCCUGCCUCAGCUGGAGCCCUUCUGUCGUUACCUCACGCACCUGGCCUCUGCUCUGCUGAGAGGUUCUCUGGGGGGGUCCGACAUCGACAAGAGGAACGCCAAGGAGCAGAUCAAGGAGGUGGUGAAGCUCUUAGCUCGGCUCAACGCUCUGGAUCACCUCAUCACCGUGGCAACGGAACACGGCAUCAAGGACAUCACACCUCUACUGGACUCCAAGUGACAUCACUGCACCUCUGUGUGUGUGUGUGUGUGUGUGUGUGUGUGUGAGGACAUCUGAACCCUGUUGUUGGGUCAAACUGCAAGGUUUAUCAUAAUGGACUUUAGUGUGUGUCUGAGAGUGAGAGCUGGAGGUGUGUGUGUGUGUAUAUAUUGUGAAUAUUGUACAUGUGUGAAAAUGUGUCGGGAGGACUAGGAGACUAAGAGCAGGUCUGUUAGAUCAGGAGGACUACAGAUCAUCACACACUUCCUCAUCUGGAAGUGCUCUACAGAGGAAUUCUGGGAGAUGUAGUUUCUCUCUACAGUCCCCAGAUGGGAGUAUUGCUACUUUCUACACCAGAACUAAUUUAACCAUAAACCAUCACCUUCCCUCGUCACCUGAACUGAAAACUUCUAACACGGUGUUUUGUCUCAUAGCAUGACCCCUCUCGCUCUCUCCCGUCCUCCUCAUGACGAUCAGAUUAAUCCGCACGAAGAAGACGACUUUAUUGUCCGAUAUAGACGAAUGUCCAACGGACACUUGUCUUUUUAUUUAAAACUGUCAGCUGUCCUCCUCGCCUCUCGUCUUCUCGUGUUUUACCCCCUGUGCCAUGAUUUCUCUGCUUCACUGAUCCCAGAUCAGCUUAUUGGUUGUCGCCCUAAUUUGAAAGGGUUGAAUGUAACUGAUCCUAGAUCGGUAUCUAGAGUCAACUUCAUUCUGUUGACUGGUGUCACACGAACCGUUCUCCACCUCGACCCUCUGAUUGGAUGAGGAUGUAGGAGGAAGGGUUUCUAUUUUAAGUUGGCUGAUUUUUGUGUACAAUGUUUUUUGUUUUGAAUAAAAAAAUAGCUUUGGAAUAAGA